AUGUUCAGUGUAGGUGGCUACAGCUACUACUGGUCGUGCCGCAGCGAUGGUAACCAUCUCCCGGGAGUAACCACAGCCAUCUCCAGUAUACUUCAGCCCUCGGUAGUAAAGGAUACUCCUGUCGAUGAGCGUAAAAUGGCGACAACAGUUCGCUUAGUAAAUGACCAGAUCUCAGAUCCUGUUGCGGUGCGGGAGCGCUGGGCUGAAUAUUUUGAGUAUCUGUACCGGGUUAACCCACCAACAGUUAAAUUGGAUGCGGAUGAUCUGCACAAGUAUCUCUGGCUUCCAGUGUCCCCUAUGAGAAUAUUCUGUAUUGCUCUAGGGCGUUCGCCAAUCAAUUCUAGAGCUGCAUUAAGCAUUUUACGAUUGAAGGUUCCCCACAGAAUUACAGGGUCUGGUCGAGUCCUUCAGGGAGUGGCCCUCCUCGCCCUAGUCGCGUCGAGCCUCGCCACUUACGGCAGCAGGAUACGGGGAGGAACCUCAGCAGGCGCGCGAGGAGGCGUCGCGGGCGGCGGCGGCGGAGCCUACGCCGGGAGCAGGAGCCUGAGCCUCCUCGCAGGGGCGACCGGCGCGGGGCGCGGCGUGGCGAGCAGCAGCUCUCCCAGCGCCAUCUCCUUCGUCCAGUUCGGAGCCGCCAAGGUGGAAGCAACGGUGGAGAUGCUGGUUCCUCCGGUGGAUCAAGUGCCGGAUUCGGUGGAUCAGGAGGAUCAAGUGGGAUCAGCGGUGGAUAUGGCGGUUCUUCCGGUGGAUCAAGUGGAGGCAGCAGUAGCGAUUCGGUGGAUCAGCGGUGGAUAUGGCGGGUCUUCUAGUGGAAGCAGCACUGGAUAUGGCGGAUCUUCUACUGGAUCAAGUGGUGGAAUAGGUGGAAUUGGUGGAUCAAGUGGAAGCAGCGGUGGGUAUGGCGGGUCUUCCGGUGGAUCAAGUGGUGGAUUAGGUGGAAUUGGUGGAUCAGGUGGAAGCAGCUCUGGAUAUGGCGGAUUUUCCACUGGAUCAAGUGGUGGGAUAGGUGGAAUUGGUGGAUCAGGUGGAAGCAGCGGUGGAUAUGGCGGGUCUUCCACUGGAUCAAGUGGAAAUGGUGGAUCAAGUGGAAGCAGCGGUGGAUAUGGCGGGUCUUCCACUGGAUCAAGUGGUGGAAUAGGUGGGAUUGGUGGAUCAGGUGGAAGCAGCGCUGGAUAUGGUGGAUCUUCUACUGGAUUAAGUGGUGGAUUAGGUGGGAUUGGUGGAUCAGGUGGAAGCAGCACUGGAUAUGGCGGAUCUUCUACUGGAUCAAGUGGUGGAAUAGUGGAAGCAGCGUCUGGAUAUGGCGGUUCUUCCGGUGGCUCAAGUGGUGGAUUAGGUGGAAUUGGUGGAUCAAGUGGAAGCAGCGGUGGAUAUGGCGGUUCUUCCGGUGGAUCAAGUGGUGGAGUAGGUGGAUCUGGUGGAAGCAGCGGUGGAUAUGGAGGAUCUUCCACUGGAUCAAGUGGUGGAUUAGGU